AUACCAAAGCGUUCGAACCGAACCGCAGGUGAUCCUUCCCUGCGGUUGGUGAAAUUACAGUUCAUUCAGUGCAAAGGGAAAGUUGUUUGGUCUUGCUCCUUCUCACCUCACAUCUUCCACGAAGAUAUUUCACUGUUAACACCAACAACACACCCAAAGCCUCAAUCUUGUUCAGAUCCCUCGCACCCUUUCCCAUUCAAAUUAGGGGUGUGGCAAGAUGAGUGAGGUUUUCGAAGGGUACGAGCGCCAGUACUGUGAGCUCUCUGCUAAUCUCUCCCGCAAAUGUAGUUCAACCUCGCUUGUUUCUGAUCAAGAACAGAAGCUGCAGAAGUUUUCUGAGAUCAAAGCAGGACUGGAUGACGCUGAUGUCCUGAUUCGGAAAAUGGACCUUGAGGCAAGAAGUUUGCAGCCAAGCGCAAAGGCAAUGCUUCUUGCAAAGUUGAGGGAGUACAAAUCUGAUCUAAGCAACUUGAAAAAGGAAUUUAAAAGGCUAACAUCACCUAAUUCUGAUGAGGCUGCCCGUGAAGAAUUGUUGGAGGCUGGCAUAGCAGAUACUCAUUCGGCUUCUGCUGAUCAGAGAGAAAGAUUAACUAUGUCUGUGGAGAGAUUAAACCACUCCAGUGAGAGAAUAAGGGAGAGCCAUAGAACCUUACUGGAGACUGAAGAACUUGGUGUUUCCAUCCUCCAGGAUUUGCACAGUCAGCGAGAGACUCUAUUGAACUCCCAUAAAAGGCUUCAUGGGGUAGAUGAUGCUAUUGACAAGAGUAAGAAGGUUUUAACUACCAUGUCACGGAGAAUAACUAGGAACAAAUGGAUCGUUGCAUCUGUGAUUGGAGCUCUUGUUUUUGCUAUAGUUGUUAUUCUUUUUUACAAGCUAUCUCAUUAGCUUAUAAAAUCAUAAAAGAUAUGACAGAAUGGAAGCAAUGUUUAAUGCUUUUAUGUACUUGGUUGUAUAUAGGAAAUGUAUGGACAUAGGUGGCGUUAUCAUAUAUCCCUGCAAUUAUUUCGCCUCUGUUAUUUUUAAGAUUGGAAAGUUUUCAAUGAUAUACCUUGCUUUUUAUGCUCUUAA